UGUUGUAAUAUCUCAACUGGACAAGGAGGUCGUUAUUAGCAGGAUUUCCAUGUAAUAACAUCGCGAGUGAUUUGCAGCCAAGAUACCUGUCAGCUUCCAGCGAAAAAAUAUUUUAAUUAGAAAAAAAAUACUUAUGGACGAUUCUGAUACAGAGGGGAAAAUUUAUAAAGGACUAGCCCUGAUGCAUUCAAGGGAAAAAAGCAGUACCAAAAAGCUAAGAAUGAUGCUUGAUUCUUUUAUAGCGAAAAAAUGCGGCCCUGAACAAACUCUCGAGUCGAGAAUACCGAGGAACUUUUUGAAAAAAGUGGAAUCUUGCCAGCAAAUUCCUCAAGUUCUUUCUGAAGUGGAUUCAUCUUCCGUUGAUUCGGAGAUUUUUUCUGAUGGGGUGGACGAAAUCUUGCUGAUGCCAAUAAAAAUUAGAAGUGAGUCGGAGGAUUCUCUCGACAUGGACGAGGUACCAAGAAUAUCGAUUCCUGACGAAGGAUUUGGAGACGGAGCUCUUUGUUUGGUGUGCAAUGGAUCAAAUUUGGGACCAUUUAUACUUCUUGAAUGUCACAACUGCGAAGAGGUCUACCAUCCUCUUUGUCAUCAACCCCCAGUCACUGAAAUUGAUAUCUAUGAUCCGGAAUUAAUUUGGUUUUGUGGAAAUUGCACUCAAACGGACAAGAAAAAAAACUGAACACCUACUCAAAAAAGGCA